AUUCAUCGUCCAAAAGACCAAGAGACGCCCAAUGCGGUGCGAGUUGAGCGGCAAUUGGACGUUCACGGGGCUAGAGAGUGCUGAUGCCCCGGCUGCCCCUCGUUGGCAGCCUCGGUGGAUGGAAACAUCUUCUCUCUACCGUCUUGAUUCGACUGGCGAUGACUUGCAGAUGGGCAGCGACUGGCCUCUGGCUGCUGCCAGCCCUUGUGCAUCUGCAGCUACAGCUCUUGACUAGCACAUGAUUCGUUGUGGCCGUCCUCCCUGGAUGCACCAUCCUGUCAUACUGCAUCUCCGAGAUUGCCCCACGCUUUCAGCUCCCGAUCAGCGUCCCACGCCCGUUGGCGCAUCCAAUCCGCAUCCCACCACGUACCCGCAGUUCAUCCUCUUCGGCGACAGCAUCACCCAGUUCUCCUCCCAGGUCCUGUUUGCCUCCCUAGCCGAGUGGUACUCUCGCCGUCUCGAUGUCGUCAAUCGCGGCUUCAGCGGAUACACUGCUCCCAUGGGCUAUGACAUCCUCGGGCAAUUUUUCCCAUCAUCAGACGCUGCUCCUCCCUCGCCAACCACCCCGAGAGUACAGCUGAUGACCGUCUUUUUUGGUGCCAACGACGCCUGCCUUCCCGGUCAUCCUCAACAUGUUCCUCUUGCCGACUACCGAACAGCUCUCAGAUCCAUCAUUAAGUCCCGGGGCGUUGAGUCCCACCAAACAAAAUGUCUCCUUAUCACUCCACCACCCGUGGAUGAAUGGCAACUGGGAUCUGAGGAGAGGACGGCAGAACACACGGCAACAUAUGCUUCCGCGUGCCGAACGGUAGGGAGAGAAAUGGGCAUCCCAGUCCUGGACCUCUGGACGAUAUUUAUGAACAAGGCUGGCUGGUGGGAAGGUUCGCCGGGCGCCUUGACCGGGAGCAAAAAAGCACCCAGGAACGAGGUGUUGGGAAAGUUGUUGAACGACGGAUUGCAUCUCACUGCGCGGGGCUACAAACUGAUGUAUGAAGAAUUGGUCCAGGUGAUCAAAGACCAGCUACCCGAUCAACUGCCCGAGAACUUACCCAUGAUAUUCCCGGAAUGGAGGGACAAGCUGGGAAUUCUGUAGAGGGCGAAUGUUGAACCGGUGUCGAGUAACGGGGACUUCAAAGAAAAGAAAAAGGACUAGACAAUUGAGUUGAUAGAAACUGGAUUCAAUUUUUAGGCAAGAUUCUAGGAACAGGGAUCGGCUUCGCAAGACAAGCAUACACCCGACUUGACGGAGCAAUUCUGUUUACCACCAUCACCACGAAAGGAAGGAAAGGAGUGACCCGAAAACAAAUCUCAAGCAUCAGACCUGGUGGCGCCGGAGAGGGGAGAGGAGAGGGUGUGUCGGCCUAUUGAUAGACGACAACAGACUCGAACACGAGACACUUGGACAGUGGAGAAAUCUGUGGAUAAGCCACGGACCUACUCCUCGUCGCUCUCUUCGUCGCUCUCGGCUUCAUCGAGCCAUUGCAAGAACUUCUCGGCAGCUUGGCGGACCUUGCGGCUGGUGCUGAUGUCGACGUAUUUCUUGCUGGCCUUCUGACCCC